AUGGACGAAGAACAAGAGCAAGCCUUUAAUUUGAUUGAAAGUGGUCAUAAUCUACUGUUGACGGGUCAAGCAGGUACGGGAAAGUCUUAUGUUAUAAAGACGGCAGUCAAACACCUUAGAAGCACAGGCAAAACUGUGGCAUUGACAUGUUCAACAGGUAUAGCAACGUCUGUAUUCGAGGAUGAACAUGCUUGCACAUUACAUAAAUGGGCAGGAUUAGAAGACGGCAGGUACCAAAAUGAUGAGCUUUUGCAUUUAUUUCUCACCGAUGAAAGAUUUCUUAAAGUAAAGGACACAAUAAAAAAAAAUGAAUAUCUUAUUAUAGAUGAAAUUUCAAUGAUAAGCUCUAAGACAUUAGGCCAAGUAGAAUUCAUAUGCAGAUCAUUGAAUGAUGACAAGUUGCACUUUGGAGGCAUAACAGUAAUUUUAAGUGGUGACUUUUUUCAGUUACCGCCAAUCAAAAAUGAGCUGUAUGGGGAUUUUGGCCACCAUUGUUUUCUACAUCCUUGUUUUAAAAAAGCUUUUUCCCAUCAUAUUAACUUAGAAAUAAUCCACCGUCAAUCUGAAACUCUACUUGUUACAGCUGUUAAUGAAUUGGAACGCGGAACUAUUUCUGAAAACACAGUUGCUUUUUUAAAUUCCCUUCAUAGACCAUUACAGGAUGAGCAUUUAGAAAAGGCGGUUCAUUUGUUUGCCAGAAAUGUUGAUGUUGACCUGUUUAAUUAUGAAAGAAUUCAAAAAAUUCCAUCUCAAUUAUAUGUGUAUCAGUCAAAUGAUGAAGGCAGUAGUGAUUUUUUACAAAAAAUACUAGCCCCCAAAUAUUUAGGGAUAAAAGUUGGAAUUCCAGUCAUGCUACUUGUAAAUUUAAGUGAUGACCUGGUCAAUGGUAAAGUGGGAACUGUCACAUACAUCGACAAUGACUCAUGCACUCUGACCAUUCAAUUCUGCUUAAAAAAUGUUAAAAAGACAGUGAAGAUUACAAAAUAUCUCUUCACAAAGUACGAUCCAGUUGACAAAAUAAUUUUAGCCAAGAGACUCCAGUUUCCGAUCAAAGUCGCAUAUGCUAUAACAAUUCAUAAAUCUCAGGGAAUGAGUUUACAAUAUCUCUCAAUUGACUGUAGUAAUGCCUGUUUUCCAGGCCAGAUUGGGGUUGCAGUUGGUAGAGCCAAAUCAACAGACGGACUCGUGUUGAAAAACUUUAAGCCUUCGUUGGUGAAGCCCCACCCGGAUGUUGUGUACAGGCUUUAUGAAAACAGUUCUGUCAAUGUAAUUUAUAAUGAUUUCUCAUGUUGUAAGUCACGCAAAGAAAAUACAGAUGAAAACAAUAAUUCUGACAGUGGUCAACUAACAAAAGAAAGCAGUGGCAAUGAUACUGGUGAAGACACGUAUAAUUAUUUUGAGGAGAAAAAAAAGUGCAUCAGAAUUUUCUGA